GCGAAGCGGUAUCAAAUACGACUUGUAGCCGUUACAGAAAAACUGAAAAAUAUGACAUUUGUACUUUUUUGACAAACGACCUCGAAGGAAGGAGACUUCCUAGCGAAAAGGGGAAAGUCGGCAGAGCCUUUUGAGCCGUCCAAGCGAACAGUGGCCGACGUAUCACGAUAACUGGAAUAAAGAACGAGAACCAGUUUCUGAACAUUAACGCGACUGAACUUAGCCGUUUGGGCGAGGUUCUCCAGUACGCGAAUAUUCACAGAUAAUAGAGUGAAUUGAACCAUUUAUUCCUUUAUUAAUUGCUUGUAUUAAUUGUUCAAAUAGAUAUUGUUUUUGUGGAAAAAUAAAACGUUUACUUGUAGUGAGUUAUCCGUGGACAUCCUUCUCCUUCGGUCGAUCGACCUAUAAAAAAUAACUUAAAUUCGCCAAGAGGGUUAUACUUACCUGGAAAUUCACCUUUAUUUAUAUAUACAUACAAAUAUAUAAUAGCGGCCAACCUUACAAUUGACUUGGCGAAGGUAAUUAUCAUCAAUCAUCAAGUUAUUAAAGGAAAAUAUAUAAAAGAUGGAAGUGAUUCACAUUCAGCAAAUAAAACAAGCACAAAAAUAUCUGAAUAACAAUAACAAAUCAGAUAGCGCAAAAUUAAAAAAUAUUACAAAUGGAAUUGCAGUAAAGUUUACAAAUCGGAAGAAUGACGAUAUCGACAACGAUUACAUGGACAAUGAAACUAAACGCUAUGAACUUGUAGAAGCGAAGAACGCGGUUAAAUACAUACAACAUUUUGUACAGAAAAUAAAAUAUAUCGUUGAUAAAAAUCCUGCAAAACCAAAGGAUUAUGAUGCGUGGACGAAUGAAGAACAAUAUAAACAUAUAACGGAAAACAUAAAAAUUUAUGUUCCAAAUCUACCAAAUUCUUUACAUUUCUUCAUAUCAGCAGCGUUACAUCGCGGCGAUUGCGGUCGAAGUCCAACAGACAGACCGCCUUGGUUGGACAUGGAUAAAUUUCGGAGAGGACAAAAAUUUGCACGAGAUUAUAUUUUCAUAAUUCUCUUUUCCAAUAUGAUAUCGCUGUUUGAAUUAUUCGUCUUCACGGACGGUCUUAAACCAUUGAUUUUCAGUCAACAAUCUCAUACACCGUACUUAGCUUUUAGAAGAUACUUAUCCACGAUUCGUCGUAUAAGAAAUUGGAUGAUGGGAGAUAUUUGGGAAAAGGACACGCAGGCUUACAAGGAUAUCCAAGCCGUGCGAAAAAUGCAUCGCGCGAUACGAUUGAAACUCUGCCAGCUCGAUUACGACGAGAUCGAUGCGGCCACUAAGAUCCAGGAACCGUGGUGUCCGGAUAGAAAAACUAUCCUAGACGACUUUUUUUCCUGCCCGUAUCCAACCCCGGAAAACGGCUGUCUUCAUCUGAUAAUUAGACCCAAAGGAUUGAAUCAAGCUGAUAUGGGCGCAACGCAAUUUGCUUUCAUGGGAAUGAUUGUGCUUUACCCGCAAAAAUUGGGCAUUAACGCAUCCGACGAGGAUAUAACAGCCUAUUGUCAUUUUUGGAGAUGUAUUGGAUACGCUCUCGGCAUGCAGGACGAGUAUAAUUUUUGUCGCGGCAGUCUGGAAGAGAUUAGACAACGAGGUCGAGACUUUACUAAUGUUUGGGUGAAACCUUAUUUGCGACAAAUAACGCCCGAAUGGGAACACAUGAUGAGAUGCAUCAUGAGUAUAUACGAUGAGGAUAACAUGUUCAAGCAAUCAUUACUGUUUAUCACCGACUUAUUAGACAUCGAUAUGCCACGUCUACGAAGCACGCUUACAUUCUCUCAACGAUUGCAAUUCAUGUUACACCGCUUUAUAUUUCGUUAUGCCUUGAAAGUACGAUUUAUACGAGAAUGUUUCAAUAAAAUAUUUCUUCAGGUUCUCGAGAAAUUUACUUCUAAAAAGUUGGGAACUCUUCCCAACAAAUACAAUAUAUAAAUGUUAUAUACUUAAGCAUGU